AUGGUUGAUUGGUCAAAGUUACCGGAGGACCUCCUCUGCAUGAUCGCCGUUCGAUUGUUCUCCGCCGUCGAAUUCCAACGUUUCCGUAGCAUCUGCAGAUCAUGGCGCUCUUCUUCCUCCUCCGCCGACAAAAACCCUUUCCCUCCCCGACCAGUCCUCCACCUCAAUCCCCUCGUCGUCAGUGUCACUUCCCCAUACGGAAACAUAGAUCAAAUCUACGGCCUCGACCUCUCCGCGUUCCUCUCACGCGCCGCCUUCUUCCGCGUCACUCUCUCCUCCUCCUCCGAGAGGAACCAGAGCUGGCUGAUCAAAUCCGACGCCGAUCUCGGGUCCGGGAAAUUCCGUCUCCUCAACCCUCUCUCGCGUCUCCCGUUGUUGCAGAGUUGGAAACAGAGCAUCGAUCUUUUGGAAUUCACCGUCUCUGAGAUUCGAGAAGCGUAUUUGGUUCAAACCUCUCGCAAGAAGAAGCUAGCUCACGGGUUAAACAGAGUGAUUCUUGUCCCUGUUGCAGGAGGAGAUCCACGGAUUGUCGGAAUCGGCAUAGAUGGGAAGAUCAGGUACUGGAAUGGUGUAAUCUGGACCAGAUUCAAAGACCAGAUGGCUGAAUUCUCCGACAUUAUAGUUCACAAGGGGCUAACUUACGCCUUGGACUCGGAAGGGGGUGUUUGGUGGGUUAGUUCCUCUCUUUGCAUCUUCAGGUACGGACCUUCGCUCGAUGAGGACAUCGUCACUAGUGGCUGUUUCAGUGAGAAGAGCUUGGUUGAAUGUUGUGGAGAGCUUUACAUUGUCGAUCGUAUCCUUGAAGGGAAAUUUCGAAAGCGAAAAGUUGAUAACUACGAUGAUAAUGGGGUUUAUGUUGUUCGUUUUCCUCAGUUACACUAUGCGAUACACGACGAUGCUGGGAUUGAGAAAUGCCAAGUAUCACUAGGAAAACGUCCCAAUACGGUUGGUUUCAAGGUUUACAAGAUGAGUGAGGAAUCGGGGAAAUGGGUAGAGGUUAAGUCCAUGGGAGACAACGUGAUUGUGAUGGCUACGGAUUGUUGUUUCUCGGUUUCGCCUCAUGAGUUCUACGGAUGCCUACAAAGCUCUAUUUACUUCAGCGAUGACGAAGAAGAGCUAAAGGUGUUCAAGCUAGACGAUGAUAGUAUCACGACAAAGACAAUGACGGGAAUUUCACAAGGUUGUUUCCAAAUGUUUGAUCCUAGCUUUCGCUAA